AUGUGUUGUUUUACAGAAAUAACUUUCAAAGACUUGCCGCCGCCGUAUCGGGAAAAUGAGGAGGAAGCAGUUUAUCGUGGGAAUCACGAACCACAAAUCGCGAAUUCACCAUCAUGUGAAGUUCUAGAUUUGCUGGCAAAUUGCAAAAUAACGACCGAAGCUCACGACGAACAAUCUGAGGUUGAAUACGCAGAGAUUGAAGACAUGGGAAUCUGGCAUUCCUCUCCACUGGCACAUAGGCACAAAUCCAAAAUAUCUCUGACAUGGGUUUUAAAGGAGAAUCUUGGAAAAACUGAGAAGAAAUGUGGUGAUAAAUUGAAAAAAAUUACGGAUGAUAAACAAAAAUGUACUAACGUAAAUCAGAGGGUAGCGGGUCGUAACGAGUAUUACAACAAUCUAAGGUUUAAAAGUGCAUGUGAUGAGUUUAACGGGUUGGAAUCGUUAUCGGACACGAGUGUUGGAACAGAAGAAUAUGUGAGACGGAAACAUAGGCACAGGCAUAGACGAAGAAAGCGGAAUAACAAGUUUGGAUAUGAUAUUCGGGAUUUGGAUACCUUUUUAAGUGAGGCUUCGAUAGAUCGACCAGGCAACAUCCCUGUAGUGAUCGCUUUUCCCACAACUCUCUAUCAGACACAAAAAGACAUUCAACGUGAAUUAACUCUGCCCUUGGGUACAGUAGUCAACGCUGUUUUUAAAAACCAGCAAUGGCUCUACGCACAGACGCCGCAUGGUGAUGAAGGCUACGUCAUGUACAGUUCCUGCUUACCUUUGGGCAUUUUGCCUAGCAAGCCGUCAGUCCAAAAGAAGACGCCUUGCUGGGAAAGCAGUACAGAUAUUUACCCACGCCCUUGCGGAAACUUGACUGACAAUGAAAAAGAACAAUUACGUGGUAGAACACAUUCGGAAUCACGAUACAGACCAAAAAGACGACAAAAAAUAUCUUGUGCGGAAAAAGAAUUCGAUGAUCUAUACUUGAAAACUAAAUCGGUGUCAAACCUUAAUAAUUUGCAUGAUAAGGACAGUGGAAAUGUAAAGGAAAAAUUGCAAAGACAGACAUUAGUGAUCGUGAAUAGUGAUUAUAAAGGCAGUGAGUUAAAUAGAACAGUGUCAGUAAAGAAAGGGGAAGUCGUUGUUUUAGUUCAAGGAGGAGAAGAAACUGAUGUUGAUUUAGAAUGGUUUUAUGUGAGAAAACGAGAUGGUAAUCAGGGUUUUAUUCCAGCAGCCGUAGCUGGACAUGGGUAUAUA